ACAAAAUCAAAGGCGUUGUGCUCAGUACAAAGUCUUGUGAAAGAUUAGAUACGGAUGAUUAGAUACUGAUAUGCAAUAUGCACGUGGUGAGAGCCGCCGUCGACUCGCCGCUGGCCGCGUGGUGCAGUGCUGCGCGGACGCCGGUUCGCGAGGUGACCACUCAACCGGCAGGUAUUGGGUUAACGGAGAUAAGAGGUUGUCCAUGUUUUUUUUUCGCGCGAGUGCGGCAACCGAACGGCGUGAGCGCCACGACGUAGCCAUCCAUUCGCUCCUCGCCGGCUCGCGCGCCUGGCGGUCGCCUCACGUCGCCACGCGAUAUUAUAAUUACCAAUGUUUCUAUGUAAAAAUCGUUGCAGGGCUCCAACUAUACGUACAAAAUAAAUAACUGACGGAAGAAGCGACAAGGAUAUAUCAAAAUGGACAAGGAUCACGCUUUAGAGGAGAUGAUGGGGAAACUGGGGGAUUUCGGGCGGUACCAGUGCUUCCAGUUCAUACUGCACAUCCUGGCCGCCAUGACUGCCGGUAUGCACAUGCUCUCCCUCGUCACUGUCGCAGCAGUGCCAGAACACAGGUGUGCCCUGCAAGACGGAGAUACAAAUUUCUUUACACCGCCGAAUUCUACAAUAUUGCUGCUGAACAAUCAAACGAAUAAACCGGAAUCAUGCAGGAUGUACGAAAACAACACCAUACUGGAGUGCGAUUCAUGGGUAUACAACACCAAGUAUUACACCUCGUCCCGAGCCAUCGAAUGGGACUUCGUUUGCAGCCGGCGAUGGAUGGGAGCAUCUGCGCAGACAGCUUAUAUGUUCGGAGUCGUCGCAGGCUCCCUGGUGCUAGGCAGGAUGUGUGACAAAUUCGGAAGAAAAACAAUGUUCGUGGCUGCGGGAGUGUUGCAACUAGUCUUUGGGACCGCUGUAGCAUUUACAACAGAGUUUUACACUUUCGUGGUUGUCAGAUUCCUGUACGGUAUCUUCGGGUCCGGGUCUUACAUAGCCGGAUUUGUGCUAACCAUGGAGCUAGUUGGACCAUCUAAACGCACAAUCUGCGGCGUAACUUUCCAAAUAAUGUUUGCAGUGGGCAUAAUGCUUCUGGCAGCUUGGGGAUAUCUUAUUGACAACAGAUUUUAUUUACAAAUCGUUUACGCGCUACAUGCUGUCAUUUUACUCCCACAUUGGUUCUUGAUGGAUGAAUCUCCUAGGUGGCUUUGGGCCCAGGGCCGCGCUCGUGAGUCAGUGGCUAUCGUAGAGAAGGCGCUUAAAAUGAACAGGUCUAUUGAAACUGUAGACACACCUCAGCUAGUCUCCCACUGCAAAGCGACGUGUGCUAAAUACACUGACGAACACUCAGCUGGGACCUCCGACUUGUUCAAGACUCCAAACAUGCUGAAAAAAUCUUUAAUCAUUUGUGGUUGCUGGUUCGCUAAUUCCGUUGUGUAUUAUGGUCUCUCUCUUAAUACCGGUAAACUGGAAGGCAACCCAUAUUUUAUCACGUUCUUGAUGGGAGUAGUAGAGUUGCCUAGUUAUGUCAUUAUAGUGUACUUUUUGGAUAAAGUCGGACAUAGAGCGCUUAUUAGCACUAUGAUGUUACUAGGCGGAAUUUCGUGUCUCAUCGUAGCUGCGCUGCCUCACGGAUCUAAGUCGACGACCGGUAUCGUCAUGGUGGGAAAAUUGUUUAUUUCUGGUUCAUACUCCAUAAUUUAUAAAUACUCAGCUGAACUUUUUCCUACCGUGGUUCGGAGCUCCGGCGUAGGACUUGGCAGUAUGUGUGCGAGUGUGUCAGGCGCCUUGACACCAUUAAUAUCUUUACUCGACACUCUAAACCCGAAGAUCCCAACUAUCAUAUUUGGCUUUUUGGCCUUGUUUUCUGGAGCUUCUACGUUCUUCUUGCCCGAAACUGUCGGACGGAACCUGCCACAGUCUCUGGAGGACGGCGAAAAGUUCGGCGUCGGCGACACAUGUUUCACAAAUUGCAGCGGCAAGCGAAUGAGCGAAGCUUCUAUCGAUUUACCAGAAACUAUGGUUCCCCUCGAAACUAUUGAGAAGAACUAAUCAUUGUAUAUACUUAUAAUCGAUUACAAUAACCUUGCCACAAAGCUGUCUAAAAACUAGGCUUAGUUUAGAUUGUAAUUUUUUUAUUGUCUUGGUUUCUUAAAGUUAGUACCUUACCUACUAACUAUUGUCUCUCCUUACGUAUUUUUUUUAGGAUAUUUAUAAUUAUAAGUACUCGUAAGUAUAUAGGUAACUGACAGACUUACGGUAUCAAAUACUACUUAUGGGUGAAGUAUUUCUUUACGUUUACUUCAUUGUAGUCAUUUUACAUUAGAAUUAGAUAUUAUUAUUAUUAAAUAUCUAGUCAAUGUUAAGAUACAUACAUUCAUUGCCGCUUAUCUGACAGUAACAACGAUUAAAUCAUGUUUGUGAAAUCAUGUGGCAAUGAUAAUAAAUACUAUUGCAGUGCAUUUAUUUUAAACAAAUGACUGGUUUAAAGAAAGUUUAACAGCCCAGUGUAGGUAGUUACUUUUAAUGUGUUUCUACUAUAACCUGGAUCUCUGCAAUUUAUGUCUACAGUUUAUACAUAGGUAUAUUUUUACAUUUUGCUUUAUAAUUUGAAUUGUGUGUACAAACAAUUUACAACUGUUAGCUCGUGUGUUCUAAUAUUUACCUACAUAUUGUUAUAUUUAAUUACACAAACGGGUCUACCGCGAUAUAAUUUCAUUGUUCUUACCUUUAAUUCCGAUCCGACGUUAUAAAAUUUAUAAUUAAUAUGUGUACAAAACGCGAGAGUUUAAAGUGUUACAUAUUGUUAUAUUUGUGUGUAACUUAUACAUAUAAGAUUUUAAUCUACCUGUUAGGGUACCUAUCUUAACAAAUUACAAUUAAAUUGUUAUUAUUAAAUUACAAAAUUGUGUGAUAUGAUACCUAUUAUUGAUUAUUCUACACUACACAUUUGUCCACAAAAGUAUAGUGCCAACUCAGUACCUUUUUGAUAUAAGUAGUAAAUAUGUACCUACCAACCUAUCGGUGACGGGGCGUCAAACAUAACCCUUAGGCAAGCCGGAGCUCUUUCUUCAACGCUUAUAGCAGGUGUAGGAGAAGAUUGCUCAACAAGAUCAUUAGAUCAUACACCAUUCUAUGCAAGCCAGUAAUGUCUGAGUUCUUAUGAGCGCCCCGCUACUGCGACUUGAUGUAAGUACAAGAACACACGCAAACGCAAAGAAGAAAAUAAGUAUAUUAAUUAAGAUUAAUCAUACUUUUGAAUAUUACAAGACUGCGACUUGUCUUAAAACAAGUCGUUAAGUAGAUAUAAUUGUAGAGUAAUACAGGGGUCAUGGAAGGUUCUUAAGAUAUACAUACUUAAUGGUCAAAUAUUGUAAUACUUAAUGAUACUAGGUACUUACUUCAAAAUUAACGUGAGAAGCCACUCUCUUCGAAGAAGCGAUUUAACCAUUUUGUUUAGUUAGUAGGCUAGUACACAUAAUAUUAUAAACUAAAUAUUUCUUUCCAAACCAUAGAUUAGUUGAAUCUCUUGUUUGUUAAAAAAUUAAUGCCUAUUAAAUAGGUGCUUUCUAAUAAUGUUUCUGACGGUCGACUUGAAUUGUUAAAGUAUUACUGAUUUUGUUUCUGGCAGAUUUUUAACGUCAUCGAGGCACAGUUAUAGGAGCUUCGAAGUAAAACUAAUAUCUGGGCAUACAAUCUAAUUGUAUAACUUUGUAGAUCAUUUACAUAUCGAAUAUAUCUAGUUAGGAACCUAUUGUUUAUCUAUACUCUACAGCAGCGGUCGGCAACCUUUUACCAAGGGCCACAUAGUAGUUUACACAUACGUAGUAGCACAUAGCACUUUGGUAAUAUUUGUGAUUUAGCAGACAUUGUCGUUUGUCAAUAUUACAUAGGUACAAAAUAGCCAGGGAGGCUCGCGGGCCGCUUGUUGCCGAUCGCUGCUCUAGUCUCUACAGCUAUUUUUCCCAGCGUGCUUUUCAUGUGCUUAAGCAUUUGAACGCCACGCCUAUCGUGCACGGAAAUUGAUAUUGAGCUGUAACCGCACGCGUCAGUUUACGUCUUUGACGGUAGAAGGGUUAAGAUCAUCGUAUGCUUGCUAUUAACAAGCAACAUAACUAACUUGUUUGAUUUCAGUGA